GACGGGCGCGGCGGGGUGGGGCGCGGGGCUCGGCGUGCGGGUCCUCCCGGUGCCGGCGGCUUCUGUUCGCUGUUUUGUUGCUAGAGCAGCCUGAACCCGUUGCUAAGGACCUGGAGCGCGGGAGUCCUGAGUUUCCAGCAUCAGGCACUGCUUGAUUGGCGUCUGCCCACUCCAUGCCCCUAUUUUCUAGUGUCUUCUUUUUGUCCUCUGGUUUCUACACGCUUCCUCUUUUCCAACUUGAUCGCCGUCCUGCAGCUGAACUGGCCUUAGGGGUGGAAGGGAAGUGAUGCAGAAAUCAGACUGCCCUGGAGCUGUGCAUUUGAGAAGCAGAGUGACAGGUAACUAUGAUCAAAGAGCGUCCUCAAGUGCACAGAUGAGACACCGGACUCCAGUUCAGCGGAGCAAAUCCUCAACCAGGUCUCAGGAGCCUGCAAGAAGACUUCAUCCUCGGCCAAGUGAUAAACUUAACCCCAAAACAAUUAACCCGUUUGGUGAACAGUCCCGAACCCCUUCUGCAUUUGCAGCUAUUUACUCCAAAGGAGGCAUUCCCUGCAGAUUGGUACAUGGCUCAGUAAAGCACAGAUUACGGUGGGAAUGCCCUCCUGAAAUUCUUCCAUUUGAUCCUCUUCUAAUUACUUUAGCUGAGGGUCUGAGAGAGACUAAGCAUCCAUAUACUUUUGUGUCAAAGGAAGGCUUUCGGGAAUUGCUCUUGGUCAAAGGCGCUCCUGAAAAGGCUGUACCUUUGCUACCUAGACUGAUCCCUGUGCUGAAGGCAGCUCUGGGCCAUUUGGAUGAUGACGUGUUUGAAAGAGGGCUAAGUGCACUGGUACAGCUGAGUGUUGUUGUUGGACCAUCUCUGAAUGACCACUUGAAACACUUGCUCACCAGUCUUUCCAAGAGGCUAAUGGACAAAAAGUUCAAAGAGCCGAUCACCAGCACCUUGCAGAAGCUGGAGCAACACGGCGGAAGUGGAAGUCUUAUCAUCAUCAAAUCCAAAAUACCAACAUAUUGCUCUGUAUGCUGUUGAAUAAGGGAGCCAGCAAAUCUUCCUGCCCAUAGGCGUCAAGCUCUGACUGCAGGUGCCCAUGGAAACUGUAUUCUAUUUACUCUGAAUCACAGGCAGCGUUUAUUACUUACUAGGCUAUUAGGAGUGUGUCCAGUCCAGUUGAAGCCUAGUACAUGCUAUUUAUCAACUCAAAAGGACAGGUGAUAAUGGAAAGUAAUUAAAAUAACUUCUGUAACAGCUUAA